AUGUGUUGUCAGUCGCUGGUUUCAGUCCCACCUGACCGCCGCCUCGUUUUGGGGGCGAACAUUGGAGUGACUGCCAUUUCCCGCCUUCCAGUCCCUCCUGCUUCCUUCGCGCGUUCUUCGUUGCGGCCACGAGGGGGCGCCGUUCCCUUAGUUAUCCUGGAAGCCCGUGCUGCCGCUGCCGCUGCCGCUGCUGCUCCUGCUCCUGGGAGCUCUACCACCUUGGGGCAUCCCACUGUCUUAGUACGCUUUAAGACCAUUCCUAAAGCUGUGUGGAAACCAGAAUCUGCAGUCUCCGUGGAACCUUUGGUUAAUGGAGAGUGCCUAGCACGGAGCUCCUCUGCACUUAGAGAAGUGGAAGGAGUGCAAGGAAGUACAGCCGGGACAGUUUGCUCAUAUGCCCACCCAGCCCAUCUGGAAGCUGGUUUGGCAAACAUCAGUUCUCCUCCAUUCAAAUGGGGCCAGUGGUUUCCCAUGCGAAGAGUAAUCCGAAGAGCCUGUGUGGCUGUUGGCAAGCAAGAUUGCCAGGCGGGCUCCGGGCUCUUCCAGCCUCGUUUUCCUCAGUUACCCUUCCAGGACCAUGAACCCAGAAGGGCUGAGAGGAGUGAGGGGAGAGGAAAGAGGGGAGGGCGCGGGCGGGGGUUGGAAGGGAGCCAAGUUCACCGACAGCAGCCAGCGUUGUCUGGAGAGCGAGCGGGGCAGUCCGUUCGUCAGUCGGGCUGGCUGACUGGGGCCAGGGGGCGGCUAGGAAGGGAGGGCAGGCAGCAGCAGCAGCGGCAGCGGCAGCAGCAGCAGCAGCAGCAGCAGCAGCAGCAGCAGCAGCAGCAGCAGCAGCAGCAGCAGCAGCAGCAGCAGCGGGCAGGAGUCGAGCCCAGACAGGACCCCAGGACGCAGCUCCCCGGCGCCCGAGCCGCCCUGCCCUGCAUCCUCCUGCUCAGCCUCCUCUACCCUUUCCGCUUGGGCGGCCGCGGGAGCCGCUGGGGGGAGGACGGCGCCCGCCUGCUGCUGCUGCCCCCGGCGCCGGCGGCUGCAAGGCGAGGAGGACGGGGAGGCCAAGGAGCAGGAGAGGCGGCCCGGAGGAGCAGGGGCGGCGGAGGCGGCGGCCACCCCUAUGCCGAGAGGAUGCUGGAGAGCGGCGGCUGCAAAGCGCUGAAGGAGGGGGUGCUGGAGAAGCGCAGCGACGGGCUGCUGCAGCUGUGGAAGAAGAAAUGCUGCAUCCUCACCGAGGAAGGGCUGCUGCUCAUCCCCCCCAAGCAGCAGCAGCACCAGCAGCAGCAGCACCAGCAGCAGCAGCAGCAGCAGGCGGCGGCGGCCGAGCAGCCCCAACCCAGUCCCCCAGCCGCAGCAGUCGCUGGCCUCGAGCCGCCCGCCAAGCUCAAGGAGCUGCAUUUCUCCAACAUGAAGACGGUCGACUGUGUGGAACGCAAGGGCAAGUACAUGUACUUCACCGUGGUCAUGGCCGAGGGGAAAGAGAUCGACUUUCGUUGCCCUCAGGACCAGGGCUGGAACGCCGAGAUCACACUGCAGAUGGUGCAGUACAAGAACCGCCAGGCGAUCCUGGCCGUGAAGUCCACCCGGCAGAAACAGCAGCACUUGGUCCAGCAGCAGCAGCAGCAGCAGCAGCAGCACCCCCCACGGGACCCGCACCCGCAGCCCCCGCAGCAGCCGCCGCCACCUCAGCAGCCCUGCCACCGCCUUCUCCGCAGCACCUCCAACUCCGCCUGAGAGGGUAGAGGGCACUUCCCCCUUACUCGGAGUCCGACCAGGUUGAACUAAAGAACUCUUGGGCAAGACUGAAAGCUCCCGUUUCGGUUGAUCGGGAACCUCAAAGAAACAAGUCCUCCGGACCCCAACCAGGCUUAAGUAUCUUGGACGUCACCUCUGCGGUAACCUGUGACUCGCCCCAUCCCAAUUAGUUUUCUGCACGGGCCUCCUCAUGAUGCAGGGAAGAAUUUCGAGUCCUGAAGACUUCGACUAUUAUUUAUGAACCUUGGAGAGGCUCUUCUGGAAUGGCUGCACUUCUAGGAGAGAUGAUGUACUGUGAUUUUAUUUUAUGUAUUUUAAUUUGCAAUUAUUUAUUAGUUUUUUAAAUGCUUGUUCUCAGACAUUUCUGAAUGUAGGCCACUUUCCAGAAAUGAACCAUUUUGUCAAAUUCCAUUUGCUAAUAAUAAUCAGUCCCCACCCUUGGAGAAGUGGGAAGGUGGAGGCAAAGGGAACAGGAAGAGACAUUGAGAAUCCAUUUAUUUAUUUCAAGGAGACUUUACUAAGGAUACUGUUUGUUAUGACCGAUGGAUGGUUUGUCAUGCCAAGUCCACCACUUUGAUGUUUUAAGUUUUUUAUUUGGUUUCCCCCUAGAGCUCUAUUUUGGGUAGAAAUUCAUUAAAAGCAAUUAAGUGUUAAGGAUUGUGUAUGAGAAUCUAAUAUUCUAAAUGCAACUUCCCAAAGAGGGGGACAAAAAGACAUUGAAACUUGGUUUCCAAAUAUCUAUUAAAAAUGGGGGGGGGAUAGUUAGGUGGCCCAGUGAAUAGCGAUGGAAGGUCCUAGCUUCAAAUUUGGUUUUAGGCGCUUCCUAGCUGUGUGACCCUGAGCAAGUCACUUAACCCAGUUACCUAGCCCUUACUGCUCUAUUGCCUUGGUACUAAUACACAGUAUUGAUUCCAAGAUGGAAGGUAAGGGUUAAAAAAAAUACCCAGCUGUUUUAAAGAAUUAGAUUUCUCUUUUAACUUUAUGGGCCAGGAACAAAAUGUCAUUUUGUGAAAAACUUUGGCCAUCCUCUAAAAAAUAAAAUAGACCUAAGAAGAAGUCUUUUAGAUUGUGGCUUCUUUGUGUAUUAACUUAAAAAAAUAUCUGCUUAAUUAAAUUAUUUCCAAAUGGGAACAGGAAAGAGAACAUUUACACUUUGGUCCAAUUUUUUGCCCCAUCUGAUUCUGCUUUUCCUAAGGCUCUAUUGUAUGACUUUAAUUUCAUUUUCUGACCCUCUUUGCAAUGAUUUUGAAGAAUUCCUCCAUCUAAAGUGAGGUUGUAAAUACUUGAAAGGGUUCAAACAUCCAUAACUUUUAGUUUUUGUAGUGAAAAUGCAUUGCUCAGAGAAAUCCAUAACUUUUUGCUUUGAAGAACUGCCAGAAGGGAAAAGGUAUGGGAAGUAUGAUUUGUUCAUAUACCCAUAACAAAACCCUGAAAUUUAGGGGAAAAAAGUAAAGGACUCAUGAUUGGGGGAGAUGGCGGCGGGGGGCGGGGGGGGGAGUGAGAGAGAUAGAAUGAGGAGGGGAACACAGAGAGAGCAGAGAGAAUGAGAGAAAGAGGGUGAAAGAGAGAAUGAGCUUGAGAGAGAGAAAGUACAGUAUUUCCUAAAAGGUAGAAAAAAUACUUUUUAAGCCUUUAAAUGUUACUAAUACUCUUUGGGCUACAGAACUAUCAGUUUUCAAUUCUUCAGCCCUAGGUCUUCUUUUCAUCAUCAUUCUAGUGGGCAUUUGGCUAAUUUGUAAGAUAUAAUCAAAAGAGACAGAACUAAUUCCUUCCCCCCCCAACCCUUGUAGUAGCUUUAAGGUCUAAUCACUUAAAAACAAACAAACAAACCCUUACCUUCUGUCUUAGAAUAGAUCAGUAUUGGGUCCAAGACACAAGAGCAGUAAGGGCUAGGCAAUCCGGGAUAAGUGACUUGUUCAGAGUCGCACUGCUAGGAAGUAUCUGAGGUCAAAUUUGAACCCAGGACUUCUUGUCUCCAGACCUGGCACUCUAUCCACUGAGCCACCUAGUUGCCCCUAGGUCUAAUAACUUUUGAGGGGUAAAACUUAAACUGAUAAAAGGUUUAGAGUUUGAACAUCUCUUAAAUAAAUAAGAAAACCCCAACAACCCCCAAAUCAAUCUGAAAACUAUUAUCAGGACAUUAACCUGUAUCUCUUUGAUUAUGACUGGAAACUAUAUUGUAGAUUGCAGCUUGAGUCAGAGCUGAAAGAUUUACCUUAAUCCAGAUUUAACCAAAUCGACUGGAACAACUGCUUUAGAAAGUCAAUUUGUUGUUAUUCCUUGUGGAAGAAAAGUCAGCUUUCCUACUUUUUAGCAGGGCCUGCCCCAGAGUCGUCAGGUCUUAGCCUCCCUGCUAACCCAUCAGUUUUUCAAAUAAAUUGGUUUAUGGUUUCAGAAUCA